AUGUCUGAAGGAAUAGUAUCUACUCGUGAAUUUAUUCUGCUACAGAAAAAUUUAAAAGAAUUGAAAUCCAAGAAUGCUCAACUCCAGGAUUCAAAUAAUUUUCUGGAGAAAGAAGCGAAAAAUCUUCGAGAUAAGCUAGAUAAACAAAAUUAUGAAUUAAAUAAAGCAACAAAGCUGCUAGCUAAAAGCAAGAAGGCCAAGGAAUUGGCCGACAUGGCUCAGGAAUUAGAAUUAACUAAACAACAAAUGGAACUAGUGAAAGAAAACGAAGGAUUUAGACGACAACUGGAUAGCUAUCAGGGAGAUUUACAGGAUUAUGUAACUAAGCAACAAUAUCAGUCACUUAUGGAAGAGAAACAAAAAUUUGCUGAAAAUUAUGAAUUGAUUUAUACAAAGUUACAAAAGAGAGAAGAGGAGUUAAGGGACCUUGUUACAGAAUAUGCUCAAUUCAAAAUGAGAUAUGAUGGCGUCUCUAAUGUCAGAUGUACACCUGGAUCCCCUCCAACAGUAACAUCCGGCUAUACUUUCGGCAGAAGAAAUAGCAUAGACGUAGAAGAAGAUAUCAGAACAUUACUUUAUCGAUCUGUUGAGAAAGAAAUUGGUAUUCUAACUAAAUUAGAGCCAACGGUUUUAUUUCAAACAAUUCGCAAUUCCACCGAAGGAGAAUUUGACUUUUUAGUUCAAGAGUUAAAUCGAUGUGUUCAUAAAGCAAUGCCUCAUUUAAAUAAAUCUAGCGCAUCUUCGUCUCCAGCUGUCGUUAAAGAUGUUACCGGAUCUUUUCCAGCAUUGCGAGCUAAUGACUUAAUUUCUUUCCAACAAUCUGAUAAUGAUUUAAUUUUAGAUGGAGGAAAUGCCGAAAUCGACAAGUCUGUACCAGCUACUAAUAUGUUUUCAAGUUUGGAUGACUUCGAUCCACUAAAUACGGUCAAUAACCCAACAAAUUCAUCCAGUAGCCAAGUUUACCCACAAACCAAUUCUCUUACACCGACUUUAAGCAAUACAACAGAAUUUACCCCUUUAGUAUCAGCCUACGGUAGUUCUUAUUAUCAGGCUGGAGACUAUAAACAGAGGCAAUCGGAAGAAUAUAACAACGCUAAUAUUUCACCAACAAUCUAUGCUAAUGCUCCCAAUCGAUUUCAAUUUCCAUCUAGUGGUAUUGGCAGUACCCAAAGUUUAUCGUUACCUGAAGUCGCCAAUAAGGAAGCAGAAGUUACCGAAAAUCGAAUUCGAAGUAAUUCGUCGUCAGCGGAACCUAUUGAGCAACAGGAAAAUGAUUUGGGAAAGAACUUGGACACGUACAUACAGAAGCUGAAGGAUUGCCUAGUCAAAGAAUUAGCAGAGAAGAAAUCGUUAAAGCAGGAACUCCUUGAAACAAAAGACUCAAUUACAUCUGAAAUAGCCGUACUUCAGCGACUUCUAAAAGAGAAAGAUGAUGAACUUUCGAGCAAGCAAGUUCGGUUAGAUCAAAUAGAUCUAUCGAUGAAAGAAAAAGUUGAAGAAUUUCAAAAUUUAAUAGUUCAGAAGGAUCAAGAAAUACAGAAAAUGGUAGAAGCAUUUCAGCGGGUGAAUUUAGAAUUACAGGAAGACGAUAAUGAAUCGGUCAAGUCAGAUGAUAAAGCACUACCGGUGCAAAAUACGGUACAAGCUGAUGAAGGAACUAAAUUUAGGGAAGUUAAACAAGAACUAAGUAGAUACAAGAAGAAAUUUAAAGAAUUAGAAAUAGAGCUAAAGCAAGCAAAGUAUGUUAAUGAUAACUUGAUGGAAAACAUCCAUAGUAUGGAACAGGAAGUCAUAAAAUUGAAAAAUUCUCUAGACAAAGCAAAUGAGGUUGCACAAAGACGUAAAUCCAUUUUAGAUAAUAUGACUGUGGAACAUCAACGCGAUUCUAAUCAGUACAAAGAAGAAAUUGAAUCUCUUCAAGACGAAUUGCAGGAAAUUAGGCAAGUACUGCAUUCUAAAUCAGACAUUGAACAGGACUUUAGUAAGGAAUUGGGCCAAAAAUCGGCACUAAUUGGUAAAUUGCAAGACAAGAUUAAAAUUAUGGACAACGAUAAACGGCAAACUGAUCAAAUGAUUAUUAAUAUUAGGAAUGAUCAUGAAAAGAAUGAAACUUCUUUAAUAUCUGAGUUAGAGGAGGUAAAAGAUGACCUUGUUAGAGUAAAAGAUUCUUAUGAGCUACAAUGGAACGAAAAAGAAAAGGAAAAUGAAACAUUAGUUGAAAACUUACAAAAAGUUGUCGGUUUCAAAGAUCAGGAAAUUGAACAAAUGAAACGGAUGAUUGAGGAUUUGAUAGCUGACAGGAGAACCGUAGAAAAGAAAUCCCAUGAUAAGAUGAAGGACAUUAGACGCCUACUAAAAUCAGAGAGAAAAAGAUCAGAUCAACUAACAGAGGUCUUAAAUUACCAACAAAAUACUGAAAGUACAGGCAGUAUAAGAACAUCAAAUAUAUCACUUAAUAGAGUAGGAAGCCAACCCAGUCUGCCAACAGAAAAUAAUCCGAUACCGUCUAAUGACAUGGAUGCUGCGAAAAUGCUAACUAGAAACGAAACUAAAGAGCUGUUAGAACGCGUUUCUAAAUUACAGCAAACGAAACGGACAUUAGAGUCGCGUGUUCAAAUAUUAGAGGAAUCAGGCGCGAGCUUAGCUGAAGAAUUAACUCGGAAAACAAAGAUAUUUGAAGGUUUCGUUUUACAAAAGCGCAGUGCAAAGCCAGAACCACAAAGAAAUAUCCAAGCUAUAGAAUCAAGACUACUAGAGUUUGUAAAGUAUAGAGAGAAAGGUGAUGAAGGUCUACGAGAGAUGAAUGCAAAAUUGCAAAGGGUUCUCGAGGAAACUAUAAUUAAGAAUCUAAGUUUGCAAAAGAACAUUGAAGAAGUAAGUACAGAACUCGUAAAAGAAAGAGCUCGGCGAACUCACUUUCAGACUUCAUAG